UAUUUCUGUGACACCAAAUUCGAUUCAUCUUUUUCCGCUUUCAACACUUUCAUUAUUUCACUCAGUGUUGCGGCAUCGCAAAUGAUAAUUUUAAUGUAAAAAGUACCGCGUGUUGUAUUUAUGUUACAGUAAUUGUAUCUCCCGCGUGUUAUUUGCAUUCUCAAAUUUUGAUUUAUAUUUUCGCUGUGAAAAUAUUACCGAUAGCACACACAAAGAUGUGGCGUGCAAAGCGAUCCAGAAUGCAUGAAAAUGACGACGACGGUCAUUUCGACGAUUCAGAGGAGUCCGAAGAUUCAUCGACUGACGACGACGAUGACAAACCUUCGAUAAGACAUCGACUUCGCAAAGUCUUGAAAAUGUUCGAGACCAUUGGUGCCACUGAAUUUGUAAUUUCCGGCGCAUUAUCGGACGCACCACUUCACGUUAUCCGCAUUAAGCAAACUCAGAAGAUAAUUCGGUUCCCGUUGUUCGAAGACGAUCUGCCAUCGAUCAUUGAUGCUUUCAAGCAAUCUCCGUACGGAAAGGGCACCGAAACAAUUGUGGACGCUUCGUUCAGAAAUUCGUGGCAUUUGGAUCCCGAUGACUUUGAGAUCAUCAAUCCGAAGUGGACUGCAUACGUUACCGAUGUUCUGGUAGCGCGUAUACGUCAAGAAAUGGCCAUCACAACCGCAUUCAAAGCAUCGCUGUACAAAUUACUUCUGUACCAGAGCGGUUCGUUUUUCAAGCCACACAGAGACACCGAGAAGGAGGACGGAAUGUUUGCUACGCUGGUGGUCCAGUUGCCAUCGCGCUUUGACGGUGGCCAGUUGGUCAUCGAACAUGACAACACAACCAAAAAACUUGACUUCAGUACGAAUACGGAGCUGGCCAACAUGUACACCACCUUUUUCUCCGCGUUCUAUUGCGACUGCAAACACGAAAUAUUACCGGUUACGGAUGGCACCCGGAUGUGCUUAGUGUACAAUCUGGUUACGACCGAGACUGACGCUUCACGAGAGCUUCCAACUGCUCCCAUGGUGUCCGAUGUCGAAAUGCAAAUGGCGAGUGUAUGCACCGAAUGGCGAAACACCAAUACCGGCCCGGUCAAGAUAGUCUACGGACUGUCGCACAAGUACACAGAACGGAGUCUUUCGUUCACAAAUUUGAAGUCAACGGACCGAUCGGUUGCAAACGCUCUGAUUAAAUUCGCUAAACAUCACUCGUUGGUUGUUUUAUUGGGCACAUUGGAAAAAACGUGGGAAGGCGACGAAACUUUUGAGCACGAUGAGUCCGCCGAGGGUGAUGUUGCGAUUAGCUACAGUCUCAAACAUUUGGAAAUGAUCGGACAACCACACAGCAGCCUACCAGAAUCAUUUACCGCCAUGUCGGUCGAUGACGGUGAAUUGAUUUCGAAACAUUGCUUUCGUGAUGUGUCACCGUUCGAUCGGCACGAAGAAGAAACGGGCAACGAAGGAACAACGCUGACUCUGUCAUAUCGUCAUUCAGCGCUUGUCGUGUUCCCCGUUGAAAAUGUUUUUACCAUUUUGAUGAAUGAAAGGAGAGGCGACGAAGCCGAACGCACUUUCGUCGACCGAUGUAAGCAAUUCGAAAUGGCCGGUCGAAACGACGAAGCGGAAAAGAAGCAGCUACUCCGAUGGGCUCAUCUGUUGAUUACGAAGCCGAGUUGGCGACGUGGACCGCCUUCGUUGCCACUUUUGUCAGCUAUAUCGACGCUAAAUGAUCUGCCGGUCCUGCAGAAGUUCUUAGAGAACUUUAGACUCGAUGAAAAAUGCGUCGAGCCGGUCGCUGCACUUUGCGACACUUAUGGAUGGAAUGUAUUAAGCGAGCACCUGGCGAUUGGUUUCAAAAAACUCAAUCAGGAAACGGCUUUGAAAGUCGUGGAUACAUUGGUUGGAAAUACGGGCGAUCUUGAUGGCAAAGACGAAAAGAAAAAAGUUUGCCAGACGUUGAUAGCUUGUAUUCCGAGCUCGAACGAAAAUCAAUUCGGAUAUCUAUUUGGUCGUCGAUAUCCGACGGUGGAAUUCGUGUACAAGUUUUGCGCUCUCGCUGAACGAUUGAAUUUGGAUCCAAAGGAAUACUUAGCAGCGCUGCCUUUCGAAGUCAAAGAACAGUCAGUCGAUUCGAUCGUUAAACUGUGCGAUACGUAUGGUUGGGAUGCAUUUGGCGAACAGUUGGUGAAUGGACUUAAGAGUCUUACACAAGAAAUAGCUUUGAGAGUCCUAGAUGCCUUGGUUGGCCAUCCGGCCGAUUUUGUUGGCAAAGAUGAGAAGAAGAAAGUCUGCCUGACUUUGAUAGACGUUGUUCCGAAGUCAACCGCUAGUUAUGCUCGACUUCCGAAUGGCGAAUUCCUGUACAAUUUUUGUACCCUCGCCGACCGAUUAAUCGAUUACGAUCCAAUGCCGCAUUUGACUGGGCAACGCAUCGAAAUCAUGGUACCUGUUCUGGUCAAAUUAGCGUCCACAACAAACGGUGUCCUAGCGCAGCGUUGGCGUGCCGUGGCCGACCACUUUCUAAGCAAAAUGCAAACAAUCGCUGCCAGUGCCGAUCAGACUCCGGUUUGGACUCGUAACGAUCGUGUACCGUGUACUUGCGAGGAUUGUGCCGUACUGGCGGCAUUCAUGAGAGCCAAUCGGAGAACCACUGAAUUCAAAGUCAACAAGAAGCGACGGCUUCACCUUGAAUCGAUCGUCGACCGGAUUAAUCAUUUGACCUUUACGACUGAAGCUUCGGGACGACCGCAAAAAAUGGUCAUCACUAAAAACUUACCGUCGGCGUACGCAGCAUCACAAGAACAAAUUAUUGCACGUGAAAUGGUGUCCAGAUUGACGGCAAUCUUACCGUCACACUGAUUUCGAUUGAAACUGCUGGCAUGUUAAAUGUUUUCUUCGAUUUUCAUUGUCUGACCAUAAAUGAUUUAUAAAUGUUUCAACUGAGAUUCUUCUGUGGAAAAUCUCAAUUUUAUUCGAACUUUGUUGUAAUAAAACGAAAAUUGUUUGCUUAAACCAACGAAAAA